AUGAGUACAAGAACAAUCAUUUGUUGCCUUGUGUUUAUUCACCACCUGGCUGCUCUUGUAUUCUGUUCAGGCCCUUUGUCGAUCUCCGCCGAGAAAAAAGACGUAACUACCCCCAUCACGACCGUCCCAACUGUCAACCCGUCGACCGAGGUUAUAAACCCGAUUUCUUCGAACCCCGAGAAGCCUAUGGUGAUGAACCCGAAUAAUCCCUCGACUAUCCCUUUACAAACAAACACGCGCCCGGUCGGGAGCUGGUGCGUUGCGAUGCAGUCCGUGCCACAGGCUGCACUGCAAGUUGCAUUGGACUACGCGUGCGGGCAUGGUGGGGCCGACUGCUCGGCCGUCCAGCCUGGUGGCCGCUGUUAUUACCCGAACACGGUCCGGGACCACGCGUCUUACGCGUUCAAUAGUUAUUACCAGAUGAACCCGAUUCCGACCAGCUGCAAUUUCGGUGGGGCUGCAGUUAUUACAAGCACCAACCCAAGUUAUGAUUCAUGUCAGUAUCCAAUGACUAGCACGAGUUCAUCGGUAUUGAAUAUAAGCAGUUCGAGUGGGUCCCGUGUGUUUGGUGCCGGUCGACCAAACACGCCUACGACUUCGGCUGCAGUCGUCACGAGUCGCUUUCCUUCUUCCCGCUGUCUAUUAGCAUCUGUAGCCGUUUUAGUAUUUGUCCCACUGUACAUAUAA